CAUCUCUCUCUCUCUCUCUCUCUUUUCUUUUCUUGCACAUGUUUCUGUCUUCAUGCUCCAAGAUGACCACCUCAUCUUCACUCACUCUUUUCUUCUCCACCACCUCUCUCUCUCUCCUCCUCCACCAUUUCUGUCUUCUUCUUCAAUCCCACUCUUUCACUACCCACCAAAUGAUCACAUUCUUCUUUUGAUUUUCCUUUUCCCUUGCUCUCUCUCAUAGUUCUUCAAGCCUCCUUCCAUGCAUCCCAACAUGGCCACCAAACUAGUAGUUGAAGUUCUUGAUGCAAGUGGCCUCAUGCCGAAAGAUGGCCAAGGCUCUGCUAAUCCUUUUGUACAGGUGAACUUUGAUGAUCAACGACAAAGAACUCAAACCAAGCCUAAUGACCUUAAUCCUUGCUGGAAUGAGAAGCUUGUUUUCAAUGUAAGAGAUCUCAAAAAUCUCCCUGAGAAGAUCAUUGAAGUUGUUCUUUACCAUGAUCGAAAAGGUGAAGGUGUUCAUGACAAGAAUUUUCUUGGUCGUGUUAGAAUAUCUGGUGUCUCUGUCCCUUCAUCUGAGUCUGAGGCUAAUGUCCAGAGAUGCCCACUUGAGAAGCGUAGCAUUAUUUCAAAUGUCAAAGGUGAUGUAGCUCUCAAGAUUUAUGCAGUUCAUGAUGGGAAUUAUUAUACUUCUACUACUCAACCAUCAAAAGCUGCCAGUGUUGAGACUAAAGGCACCCCUCUCCGAGAAAUCAACAGCAACAAGCUUGAAGAAGAUUUCAUGGCUGAUGAGAAGAAGACCAAGAAGAAGAAGGAAAAAGAAGUGAGGACUUUUCAUUCUAUAGGGACUACACCAAGUGGAGGUCCUGGUCCUUCUCCUCCUCCUACGACUUCUGGGUUCGGGUUCGGGUUCGAGACUCACGCCAUGAAGGAGAAGGCACCUCCAGUGCAGGCAAGGACUGAUUAUGCUCAAGUAGGGCCACCUACAGUAAUGCAUAUGCAAAUACCCAAGCAGAAUCCAGAAUUUGUAUUGGUGGAGACCCGUCCACCGGUGGCUGCACUCAUGCGAUACAGAGCAGGGGACAAGACGGCGAGUACUUAUGAUUUGGUGGAGCAGAUGCAUUACUUGUAUGUGAGUGUGGUGAAGGCUAGAGAUCUUCCAAUCAUGGAUGUUUCUGGGAGUGUUGAUCCAUAUGUGGAAGUGAAGCUUGGGAAUUACAAAGGAAGGACUAAACACUUGGAGAAGAACCAGAACCCAGUUUGGAAUCAAAUAUUUGCUUUCUCAAAGGAUAGACUACAGUCAAAUUUGCUUGAAGUUACUGUAAAAGACAAGGAUUUUGUCAAGGAUGAUUUUGUUGGCAGAUAUUUUUUUGAUCUAUCAGAAGUCCCUCUUCGCGUCCCGCCGGAUAGUCCACUGGCUCCUCAGUGGUAUAAAUUGGAAGACAGGAGGGGUGAUAAAAUUAGUAAAGGGGAAAUUAUGCUUGCAGUUUGGAUGGGAACACAAGCUGAUGAAUCAUUUCCUGAGGCAUGGCACAGUGAUGCUCACGACAUUGGUCACACAAACCUGGCCAAUACAAGAUCCAAGGUAUAUUUUUCUCCGAAAUUGUAUUACCUUCGAGUUCAUGUCAUCGAAGCUCAAGAUCUUUUUCCGUCGGAGAAAGGUAGAGCACCGGAUUUUUAUGUCAAGGUUCAGCUUGGGAAUCAGGGAAGGAUCACUAAACCUUCACCGAUGCGAACCUUCAAUCCAGUUUGGAAUGAAGAGCUUAUGUUUGUGGCAUCUGAGCCUUUUGAGGAUUUCAUACUUUUGUCUGUUGAAGACAGGGUUGGUCCCGGAAAGGACGAGAUUAUGGGAGGGGUGAGAAUACCUGUUAGAGACGUCCCACCAAGAAGAGAAACUGCUAAACUCCCAGAUCCUCGCUGGUUCAAUCUCAUGAAGCCUUCACUAGCAGAGGAAGGAGAGAAGAAGAAAGAUAAAUUCUCUAGCAAGAUUUUAUUAUGUCUCUGCUUAGAGACAGGUUACCAUGUUCUUGAUGAAUCUACACAUUUUAGCAGCGAUCUUCAGCCAUCUUCCAAGUUCCUGAGAAAAGAAAGAAUUGGAAUUCUUGAACUUGGCAUUAUAAGUGCAAGAAAUUUGCUACCCAUGAAGAGCAAGGUUGGUAGGACUACUGACCCAUACUGUGCGGCUAAGUACGGCAACAAAUGGGUUCGAACCAGAACGCUUCUUGAUAACCUGCAUCCUCGUUGGAACGAGCAGUAUACUUGGGAUGUUUAUGAUCCUUGUACUGUGAUCACAAUUGGUGUUUUUGACAAUUGCCAAAUCAAUGGAAGCAAGGAGGAAGCAAGGGAUCAGAGAAUUGGGAAAGUGAGAAUUCGUCUUUCGACUUUAGAAACUGAUCGUAUAUAUUCACAUUACUAUCCUCUGCUUGUUCUUCAACCUUAUGGAUUAAAGAAGCAUGGAGAAAUUCAAUUGGCAUUGAGGUUUACCUGCACAGCGUGGGUUAAUAUGGUGACUCAAUAUGGCAAGCCAUUGCUUCCCAAAAUGCACUACCUCCAACCAAUUUCUAUUAGGCACAUCGAUUGGCUCCGCCACCAGGCAAUGCAGAUAGUGGCAGCAAGGCUAGGAAGAGCAGAGCCACCGCUGAGACGUGAAGCUGUGGAGUAUAUGUUGGAUGUGGAUUACCAUAUGUGGAGUUUAAGAAGAAGCAAAGCAAAUUUGGGCCGCAUUAUGAAACUGCUUGGAGGGGUUGCAGCUGUCUGUCAAUGGUUCAAUGCCAUUUGCACUUGGAGAAACGCAAUAACAACAUGUCUUGUUCAUGUACUGUUCUUGAUAUUGAUUUGUUAUCCAGAGUUGCUACUUCCCACAAUCUUCCUCUACCUGUUCGUGAUUGGGAUAUGGAACUAUAGGUACAGGCCAAGACACCCACCUCACAUGGAUACUCGGCUUUCGCAAGCUGAUAAUGUGCACCCGGAUGAGCUAGAUGAGGAAUUCGACACUUUUCCCACUUCACGACCACCUGAUAUUGUGAGAAUGAGAUAUGACAGGCUGAGAAGUGUUGCAGGCAGAGUACAGACAGUGGUGGGCGAUUUGGCUAGCCAAGGGGAAAGAGCUCAAGCAAUUCUGAGCUGGCGAGAUCCAAGGGCUACAGCCAUCUUCAUAAUCUUUUCAUUGAUCUGGGCUGUUUUCAUUUACGUAACUCCAUUCCAGGUUGUUGCUGUACUGGUUGGCCUCUACUUGCUGAGACAUCCCAGGUUCAGGAGCAAGAUGCCCUCAGUACCUGUCAAUUUCUUCAAGAGAUUGCCAUCCAAAUCAGAUAUGCUACUAUGAGCUGGAAAUUAUUGUCAAUAAACCAUUCAUUUACUUAAUUUUUGU